AUGGGUGUCGGAAAUGGCGUGUGGUGUUAUGGUGCCUUGACCUUGCACUUGAAAGAGUCUAGAUUAUGUAAUACUUUGUACCACCGGUCGGUCCCUCGUCCAACCAUUCGCCGAUGCACUUCUGAGCUUCAUGGUCUCGUCAUCAUCUCUUACACCAGAAGUCAUACCAUGGCGUCGCGCAAUCGUUUGGUCGCCUCUACGGUAUCUGGCUCACUCCGAUUCUCACGACCGCUAGCCAAUUCACGGAUAUGGCCACUUGCUGCUGCUUUGAGCGUGGCCUCAACCCGGACCUUUACACAGAGCCAUGCCGCCACCAGCCCCGCGAGUGUCUUCUCCUCGCUCGGUCAGAUGAGCCAGCAAGCUGGACCUCCCUCCUACUUUUCGUCGCGCCAACGCCUUCCCACAAACACGAUUGUGCGCUUUGUGCCGCAACAGACAGCUUGGAUCGUUGAGCGCAUGGGAAAAUUCAACCGAAUACUGGAGCCUGGUCUGGCCAUACUGAUACCAUUCAUCGAUCGGAUAGCCUAUGUCAAGAGCCUGAAGGAAAACGCCAUUGAGAUUCCGAGUCAAAGUGCCAUCACGGCGGACAAUGUCACACUUGAGCUCGAUGGAGUACUCUACACCCGUGUCUUCGACGCGUACAAAGCAAGCUAUGGUGUCGAAGAUGCAGAGUACGCCAUCUCCCAGCUUGCACAGACGACGAUGCGAUCCGAAAUUGGCCAACUUUCCCUUGACCACGUCCUCAAGGAGCGCGCCAACCUGAACACCAAUAUUACCGCUGCCAUCAACCAAGCUGCCCAAGACUGGGGAGUCACCUGCCUACGUUACGAGAUCCGUGACAUUCACGCACCCGAACCCGUUGUUGAAGCCAUGCACCGUCAAGUCACCGCCGAACGCUCCAAGCGCGCCGAGAUUCUAGAGUCCGAAGGUCAAAGGCAGUCUGCUAUCAACAUCGCCGAGGGAAGGAAGCAAUCCGUCAUUCUCGCUUCCGAGGCACUGAGGUCAGAACAGAUCAAUUUGGCAAGUGGAGAAGCAGAAGCCAUUCUUGUCAAGGCUACAGCCACGGCCAAUGGGAUUGAUCAGGUAGCACGUGCGAUUGCCCAGGGCAAGAGUGCAGCACAAAGUGCCAUUUCUCUCUCUGUGGCUGAAAAGUACGUUGAUGCCUUUGGCAACCUUGCAAAGGAGGGUACUAGCAUUGUCGUACCCGGCAAUGUUGGCGACAUCAGCGGGAUGAUUGCAAGCGCAAUGGCCGUCUACAGCAAUGUGAGUGCCUCGCAGGCAAAAGCGCAGGCAGCCAAGCUCGUACAAGGAGAGGGAGAGGGCUCGCAGACAAGCAAGCAAACUGAUGAUGCUCAGCCGCGACUGGAAAAUGUCGAGAGCGGCACCAGUCAGGUCCAAGAAGAAAUGACCAAGGCUAUGGACUCGAGGCUCAAGAGGUAG